AUGGCUAGCAUCAUUGCACACAUGGGCAAUACCUGGCGGCAGAAUGCACCCUUGCCGCCCUGGGCCCACUCUAUGCUGAGAUCCCUGUGGAGGAGUCUUGGUCCUUUAAUGGCCAACAUGGCAGACAGGAACAUGACGUUGUUCUCAGGGAGGGUGGUACCAGCUCAAGGGGAAGAAACCUUUGAAAAUUGGCUCAACCAAGUCAAUGGGGUCCUGCCAGAUUGGAAUAUGUCUGAGGAGGAAAAGCUCAAGCGCCUGCUGAAAAUGCUUAGGGGUCCCGCCCGGGAGGUCAUGCGUUUGCUCCAGGCAGCCAACCCCAGCCUAAGUGUGGCAGAUUUCUUGCACGCAAUGAAAUUAGUCUUUGGGGAGUUUGAAAGCAGUGUGACUGCUCAUGGCAAAUUUUUAAACACUCUACAGGCACAAGAGGAGAAAGCCUCUGUUUAUGUGAUCCGUUUAGAGGUGCAGCUCCAGAACACUAUUCAGGCAGGGAUCAUAGCUGAGAAAGAUGCAAACCAGAGUCGCCUGCACCAGCUCCUUUUAGGAGCUGAACUGAAUGGGGACCUGCGCUACAGGCUGAAACAUCUCCUCAGGAUGUAUGCAAAUGAUCGGAAGCAUCUUCCCAAUUUCCUGGAGUUAAUCAGAAUGAUAAGAGAGGAAGAGGGCUGGAAUGAUACUUUUAUCAAACGAAAGCGGACCAGGAGAUCUGAGUUAAUGGUGGAGAGGGCAACCAGCCCAGUGGCAUUUCAGGGCUCCCUACGGAUAAUGAUUGGCAGUGCUGACUGCAAUGUGAUAGAGAUAGAUGACACCCUGGAUGACUCAGAUGAGGAUGUGAUCCUGGUGGAUUCUCAGAACCCUCCACUUUCAUUCUCAGGAUCUCCUCCUCCCAGAGGUAGGGUCAAACCUUGGGAUCAAGUGCUAGUCAUUGAUUCCCCCAACAGUUCCCAGGCUCAAUCUCCUUCUACUAGUGGUGGUUCUCGGUAUAAGAACGAUGGUCCCGGAGAUGUGCGUAAAGCCAGGAAGCAAAAAUACACAAUCUGUUGUUCAUAUUGUAGUGAGGAGGGUCACUCGAAGGAAAUCUGUGACAACGAGAGCAACAAGGCCCAGAUAUUUGAGAAUCUGAUAAUCACCCUGCAGGAGCUGACACAUACAGAGCAGGAGGGGUCAGGAGAGGCUCCUGAUGAACCUGAUGACCCUUCUGAGUCAGUGUUACAGUGA